AUGGACAUCUCACGCAACAACUCAUCCGCCCCCGGCACCGGCUCAACCAACGGCGACGCCAGCACACCAGGAGGAGCAUCGGCAUCGGCAUCGGCAUCGGCGGCGGCAGGCGACGUCAAACUCCGUCGCGCUCACCGGAAAUCUCGCAACGGAUGCAAAGAAUGCAAGCGCCGCCACGUGAAAUGCGACGAAACGCGCCCGACAUGCGUCAACUGCGCAACAGCUGAGCGUCACUGCUCCUACCUCGACUCCCUCCCGGCAUCAGCCGGCUCCUCCACCGCCGCUAUCUCUUCCGGCCCGGCCGCCAAGCGAGCAGCAGCAGCAGCCGCUCUCGUCGCCAGCCCAGCGGGAAGCUCCGGCAGCAACGGCAACAGCGCCUCCGCCGCCGCAACAGCUGUCGCCUUUGCGACCUCACCCUCCAUCACCACAGUCGUAAACGACUUUGUCAUGCGCACCGAAGAUGACCACGACGUAGCAAGCCCUCCCAACGGCCAAUUCUUCACCCUCGAACACAUGCGCCUCCUCCACCACCUGGAAACCCGCAUGGGCACCUUCAUGGCCGCAGACGCGUUUAUGAAGCCGUUGGUUGACAUGAACCUCGAGGCUGCCCUAAACACCCCUUACCUCAUGGAUGUCCUCCUCGGCCUCUCUGCUCAGCAUAUGGCCGAGCUGCACCCCCACCGCGCAGACUUUUACCAACACCAGGCCACCCAACUCCAGACCCGCGCCCUCAUGAUGUUUAACGACGCCAAAGAGGAAAUCGACGACGACACUUGUAUCCCCAUGUUCCUCUUCGCAUCCUGCCUCGGAACUCAGGUCCUCUGCGAUACCCUCCACAGCUACCGUACCGACUUCAACGGCUUUCUCGACCAAUUCGCCUGGUACCUCAACCUCCACCGCGGCGUUAGCACCGUAACCGGCCGCUCCUGGCACAUCAUCCGCGAAUCCGGCUGCAAGGACUUCGUCGAGUUCCUCGAAUCCAACAAGCCCGACCCGAAUCAGCGCUCCGAAGUCGACAUCCUCCAUAGCAUGCUCGACCAAGCCGACCUCGGCCCCGUCUCCCUCCAAGCCUGCCGCGACGCAACAGAGUCCUUACGGCAGUGCUACUCCAUCUACCGCAGCAUCGCCGUGAGAUCCACCCACCAGUCCGCCUCCGUCAUGGCCUUCGGCGUUCGCGUCGCAACGGGCUUCAUCGACGUCGUCAAGCAACGCCGCCCAGAAGCUCUCGUCAUCCUGGCCUUUUACGCCGUGCUCCUCCAUUGGUGUCGCAGUUACUGGGUCUUUGGCGACGCUGGCCAGUGGAUCAUCCGCUCCGUCUCGGCGCACUUGGGAGAUUACUGGUCGGAAUGGCUGGCCUUCCCUCAGGCGGUGCUCGAGGUGCAUGCAGGCUGA